CUGUCUAUGGUUGUCAGUGGACAUGAGCGAACAUGUCUUACUGCUUUAGACUGAUCAGUAAAUUUAAAUGACUUUGCCUGCUUUUCCAAGGAAUCUGUCAAAGCCCCGAGUCAGGCUGAUUGGAUAGUAUUCAAAUAUGGAAGGAAACUCAAGUCCAGUGGAUUCCGUGGCUGACCACGUCCCAUUCAUUCACCUGUGUUCCACUCUUGAAAAGAUCCAGAGAGCAAGAACACGACCAGACAAAGUCAAGUUUUUGAAGGACUUCAUGGAUUCAUGGAGAAAUUUCCACACUGCCCUCCAUAAAGCAAAAGAUACUGGUGACUCGUUCUACCCUGCUAUGCGGCUCAUUGUCCCUUCUUUUGAAAGGGAGAGGAUGGCCUACGGAAUUAAGGAGAAUAUGUUGGCCAAGCUCUACAUCGACGUUUUGGGUCUUCCACAGAACGGGCCAGAGGCAAAAAAACUUCUCAACUACCGUGCUCCGACAACGUCUCAGGCAGAGAGCGGGGAUUUUGCAGGCAUGGCUUACUUUGUCUUGAAAAAACGUUGUGAUAGCGAGGGGGAUCUGACCAUAAAGCAAGUGAAUGACUUUCUGGAUUCUGUCGCAAUGAACAAUGCCAAAAAGCAGAAAGACCAGGUGAAGAAGAACCUCCUCCAUCUGAUCACCCAGAGUUCUGCCUUGGAGCAGAAGUGGCUCAUCCGUAUGAUCUUGAAAGACAUGAAGCUCGGGGUCAGCAAGGAAACGGUGCUUCAGGCCUUCCAUAGAGAUGGUCCAGAGCUCUACAAUGUAACCACUGACUUGAACAAGGUGUGCAAGCAGCUCCACGAUCCAACGUUGUCCCUGAGUGAAGUCUCUAUUGGACUCUUCUCUGCCUUCAAGCCAAUGCUGGCAGCUGUUGCCAACAUCAAGCAGGUGGAGAAACAGAUUGCAGGCAAGAUGCUCUUCAUUGAGACAAAACUUGAUGGAGAACGCAUCCAGCUGCACAAAGACGGAGACGUUUAUAAAUAUUACACACGAAACUCCUUUGAGUACUCUCAGCAGUUCGGUACUUCACCACUUGAGGGCUCCCUCACACCUUUCAUUCACAAUGUUUUUAAACCUCAUGUAGUGCAGUGCAUCCUGGAUGGUGAGAUGAUGGCCUACAACCCAACAACUGAGACAAUGACGCAAAAAGGUAGCAAAUUUGACAUAAAGAGGUUAAUGGAUGACUCCGACUUACAAACUUGCUUCUGUGUUUUUGACAUCCUACUCCUCAAUGACCAGAAAUUUGCAAAUGAGCCCCUGAAAAAGCGCCAAGACAUUCUUCCGACUGUUGUUUCGCCGGUGAAAGGUCGGAUCCAGCUCGUCUCCAGAGUUGAGGCCAGAACCACGCAGGAGGUAGUUGAUGCACUCAACGAAGCCAUUGACAAUCGUGAAGAAGGCAUCAUGGUCAAAGACCCUUUGUCGAUCUACAAACCAGACAAGCGCGGGGAGGGAUGGCUGAAAAUCAAACCGGAGUAUGUAGACGGCCUGAUGGAUGAGCUGGACUUGUUGAUAGUCGGUGGCUACUGGGGGAAAGGCAGGCGAGGAGGAAUGAUGUCACAUUUCCUGUGUGCUGUAGCAGAAACACCCCCUGCCGGUGAGAAGCCAUCAGUCUUCCAUACUCUGUGCCGGAUUGGCUCUGGCUACACCAUGAAGGAACUGUAUGAACUUGGUCUGAAGUUGGCAAAACAUUGGAAGGUGUACCGAAAAAAUGAUCCACCAGCAGCCAUCUUGUGUUCCACUGAGAAGCCUGAGGUGUACAUUGAACCAAGCAAGUCUGUUAUCAUUCAAGUCAAAGCAGCAGAGAUUGUGAGCAGUGAUAUGUACAAGACUAACUGUACACUUCGCUUUCCUCGUAUUGAGAAGAUCCGGGAAGAUAAGGAGUGGCACCAAUGCAUGACUUUGGAUGAGUUGAGUCAAUAUCGAAGUAAAGCUUCAGGAAAACUGGCCUCCAGGCACUUCCAUAUUCAGGAAGGUCAACCUGAUGCGAAAAAACGAAAGAAGAUCGUUCCCAAGCUCAAGAAGAAAGUAGGCAUCAUUGACCAUUUUAGAUCUCAGGACCUGUCCGCCAUUUCGAAAGAAACCGACAUGUUUGAAGAUGUAGAGUUCUGUGUGAUCAACGGGACUGAGGAACACUCCAAGGCCGAGCUGGAGAGGGGUGUGGCGCGCUGUGGUGGAAUCAUCGUGCAAAAUCCAGGGAAGGACUCGUACUGCAUAAUAGCAGGGGUGGAGAACAUGCGGGUGAAGAACCUCAUCUCUUCUGACCAGCAUGAUAUUGUCUGGGCCAGUUGGCUUCUAGAAUGUCUGGACCAGAAACAGGUGGUGCCAUGGCAACCAAGGCACAUGAUCCACAUGUCGCCAUCCACGCGAGAGCACUUUGCCCAGGAGUACGACACUAAUGGUGACAGCUACUUUGUGGACACAGAUACACAGCAGCUAAGGGAGGUGUUUAGCAGGAUCUCCACGUCAAAUCUACAAGAACUUAGCGUAGGUGAUGUGGAGCAGAAGUAUGGAUGGGAAGAUUUGCCAACCAGUAUGUUCAGGCCUUUCACAGCCUACAUUGAUCGCUGCACUGACAUUAAAGACCCUAAAAGUGUUAUCCUUGGGUCUUGCUUGGAUACAUGUGCACUUGAGUUUCGAUUCCAUGGGGGCACUGUGGAGCAGAAGCUUCUAGAAGGGGUGUCUCAUGUCAUUGUUGCCGAAGAGAAAAGAAUACUGGAAUUAAGAGUGCUCCGAAGACUGUUUAAAAAGAAAUUCAAGAUUGUUGAACAGACAUGGGUGACAGACUCCAUCAAAGCGGGACACCUUCAGAAUGACAAUGACUACCUGAAAUGAGAUGCGACUUUCCCCCCCCCCCAUAAUUGUUACACUGGAUUAGGUACAGGAUUGUAUAAAUCUUUAAUAAUUUGUUCAUUGAUAUUUCUUAGAUAUAAAUGAUUAUUCAGGUCAAUUGAGAAACUUCUUCAAUAACUUUGCCUAUAAAGUGUAAAGUAAUUCAGGUUAGGAGCAAACAGGUGUAAAAUGAUUCAACAAUCUUAAGCAGCAAUUUAUCACCAUUUUCUUAAUAAUAACACUUUUUUGCCCAAUGAGUGUCGUGAUUGUGAAUAUUUAUACCUCUAUUAUCAUAUUUUUU